AACGACUGCGCUUUGUAGAAGCGAUGAAAGAAGCCACCGCUAUCAACGUUCAAGCGCAUGUUGAACAGUUCAAGGCCGAGUUAACUCGCGAAGUAGUGGUCAUGACGCAAGAUGUAGGACGGUUGCAUAAAGAGAAGCAAGCCUUAGAGCAACAGAUUGCAGACCUCUUCGCAUUUUACUCUAAGCAAAAGCAAGAUGACGAGAACCGACUAGCACAGGCGCAACCAGCACUACAGCCCCAGGGUCAGAUGGAGGGGCUUAGAGGACCCCAGAUUAUGAGGAACCUACCGGCUUCUGCUCGACGUCGUGCAUUGCCUCUUCCAAGAUAGAUCUCGAUAUCCUGC